CCGUAUUGAGCUGUGGGGCUGGGACAUUCCUGGUUUGACGACCAGCUCCGCCGCUGCCAUGAUUUGCUGAGCAAUUCGACACUGGCUUCAAAGAUGCGUGUGUGGAAGAGGCAGCGGUAGAGACUGAGACCGAGAGCUGUUGGAGAAGUUACAAUAACGGGAUAGACACAGAGAGUGUGUCAGCAAACAAAACAGGACGUACAGCUUAUAAACACGCGGACUCCAAACUUCCCAGGAGGAAACUCUCUGCUACCUCAGUUCGAGUUUAGAACAGGGGUAGUUGUCGCACCUUGGCCCCGAAGUCUGCGCUGCUCCGCGGGGCUGAAGACUUUCUUUGACUCGCUCUACCUCCGGCUGUUUUCAUGUUCCUCCCGUCGUCUCGCACUUUGAGCCCGUGUCUAAUGGAGGGCCCCGUACGGAUUUGCCUCCAGAAGAAUGCGUUUUGCUGCUAAUUCACCCGACGGCUCGCAGCUUUUGCCCUCCUGCAAGAGAGGUUUGCUCAACAGCCAGGUGCGUGCGCGCUGGGCAACACGGCUGCAGGCGGGGGUCUAAGUGCACCAUGGACAGUGGCCUAAGGGUCCUCCUGUCCACUGUGCUGUGUCUCAGCCAGUCCCUGCUCAUCAGCUGCUCAUCUCAAUACCCCUCUUUCCGCUCUGAGCCUGCGUCCUUGGUUCAGAAUCAAGGCUCUGUUGCUCAUCUUCGAUGCUCAGUAAGUCCUCCAUCAGCUGUGGUCUCAUGGCGAUUCGGAAGCCGUCCCCUGGACAGGGACACCAUUCCUGGUGUUGAGCUCAACGACGGCUCCCUCACCAUCCCUUCCCUUCAGCCCGGGCAUGUUGGCGUCUAUCAGUGUGUGGCACGCUUAGCUCACGGGCUGGCCAUCAUUAGCCGCCACGCACAUGUGGCCAUAGCAGAAAUAUCUGAAUAUGAAGACGGCCGGCGGCGGUCGUUAUCAGUGCAGGAAGGCAGCUCUGUUCUUAUCGAGUGUCCUUUGCCGCACAGCGUCCCCCCCGCCCUGCCCAGGCUUCGAGUACGAGGGGAGCGGAUAGAAGUCUCCACAGAUGACUAUUUAGUUCUUCCGUCUGGAAACCUCCAGAUUCUCUCUGUGUCAGACCGGCACCAGGGCAUGUAUAAAUGUGGUGCAUUCAACCCUGUUACCGGGGAAACCGUCAUGCAGCCUCAUGGUACCAAGCUGUCAGUGAAACAUUCAGAUUCCCCCCCUCCUGUGCGGAUAGUUUACCCCACCGCCCCGCAGACGCUUUUGUUGCAGCAGUCUCAGCCUCUGACGUUGGAGUGUGUCGUGUCUGGAAGUCCUGCACCAGCAGCCAAAUGGUUAAAGAACGGUAAGGAGGUCACACCGGGGCCUUCUCUCCAACAGAACAACAACCUGCUCUUUGUUGCUGUGGCAAGGAGCGAUGAAGGGAGCUACAUCUGUGCUGCCGAAACGCAGCAGGGGACUGUGAUCAGCGCUAACUAUACUGUGAAUGUUCUUGAGCCUGCAUCUAUCACUGAGGGCCCGACCAAUCUGAUCGUCUCUCCUGGCUCCGCUGCUCGUUUCACCUGCGUAGCGACAGGAAACCCUUCCCCUAACAUCACCUGGCUGUACAACGCUGACCCCAUCACCCCAUCAGACCGCUUUCAGAUCUCUGGAUCCUCACUGGUGAUUACAGACGUGACGCCGCUGGAUGGGGGAGUGUUCCAGUGUCUGCUGGACAAUGGGAUUGGCUCUGCACAGUCAUUUGGAAUCCUUACGAUGCAAACAGAUCCACAGCUGGGCUCCACUGCCAGUGUGCUGCUGGAGGCUUCCCCGUCGCUCAACCCCAUGCAGAGCGAUGAAGGCCAUGAGCGCUUCCUGACCGAGGACGAAGGGGAAGCGGUCAAUGUGCCGGCCGACAGGAGCGAGAACCGACCUACUCCGGAGGCGCCAAUCAUCACCAGCCCGCCUCAGACUCACAAGCCCGACAUCUACGACCUGGAGUGGAGGCAGGGGCGGGAUGGAGGGAAUCAAAUCAACGCCUAUUUUGUCAAAUAUCGCAAGGUUGAUGAUUUGGGAACAGUGGUGGGCAGCUGGCACACAGUCCGUGUCCCUGGCAGUGAGAAGACCCUGCGGCUGUCGGAGCUAGAGCCCUCCAGUCUCUAUGAGGUGCUGAUGGUGGCUCGCAGUUCAGCAGGAGAGGGCCAGCCAGCCAUGCUUACCUUCCGCACCGGCAAGGAGAAGAGCCCCACCGUCGUCAAGAAUCCGUCCAAGCCUCCCGUUAUCUCCGUGCCCCCUAAAGCUGCAGAGGACAAAACGCACUUUGGUGUGGUCAUCCACGACAGAGUUCCUGAGGCCCCAGACCGCCCUACCAUCUCCAUGGCAACUGAAAGCUCGGUGUAUGUCACCUGGAUCCCGAGAGCCAAUGGAGGGUCUCCGAUCACAGCCUUCCGGGUCGAUUACAGACGCAGUCGCAGUGCAGAGUGGGUCGGGGCUGCGGAUAAUAUCUCGCCUCUCAAGCUGUCCGUGGAAGUCCGAAAUCUGGAGCCUGGUUCCUCUUAUAAGUUCCGUGUCGUAGCCAUGAACAUGUACGGGGAGAGUCCUCACAGCAUUCCCUCCAAGAUUUACCAGGUGCCACAAGCCAGCCCGCGCAUCGCAGACCGCCCCGUGGUCGGACCCCACAUCUCAUCCACCGACGCGAUCAGUGACACACAGAUCAUGCUGCGCUGGACUUAUAGUCCCACGAGUAACAACAACACUCCAAUACAAGGCUUCUACAUUUACUACCGCCCGACGGACAGCGACAAUGACAGCGACUAUAAAAGAGACGUGGUGGAGGGUGUAAAACACUGGCACAUGAUUGGACACCUCCAGGCCGAAACAUCCUAUGAUAUCAAGAUGCAGUGCUUUAAUGACGGAGGGGAAAGUGAAUACAGCAACGUCAUGAUCUGUGAGACCAAAGCGCGUCAGUCCCCGGGGUCGCCCAGCCAGCACCCUAUUACACCAUCCUACCCCCACCCACCGGACCCCCCCAGCCCACCCGGGGGGCUGCUGUACCUGAUCGUGGGCUGUGUUCUGGGAGUGAUGGUGCUCAUCCUGCUGGCUUUUAUCGCCAUGUGUCUGUGGAGGAAUCGCCAGCAGAACAACAUGCACAAAUAUGACCCUCCCGGCUACCUGUACCAGCCGACAGAGAUGAACGGCCAUGUCCUGGAGUACACCACCCUGCCUGGCUCCAGCCGCCUCAAUGGGGGUGUCCACGGGGGCUACGGGCACAACGGCCCCAUGUUACCCCAAGGCUGCCAUCACCUCCACCACAAACACCCCAACGGCGGCCUGUUCUCCCCCGGACACGUACACGGCCUCGAUGGUAGCCUGCCUCGCAGCACCCGAGACUACGAGCACUCGCACCCCCACCACCACCAUAAUGGUGGAGGCAUGUACACCGCUCUUCCCCAAACCGAGUCUUCUGACUGUAUGAGCUGUCAGAACCUCUGCAACAAUAACCGAUGUUACAAUAAGACCAAUGGCACUUUCUCCAGUGGCACUCUGCCUGUAAUGCAUCGCGUGGCACCAUGCCAGCAGGAUGGUCUGGAGAUGGUGCCUCUGGGCCAGGUUUCCUCGCAGUGCCACGGCCUCGACAGCCAUAUGCACUCUGGUGAGCAGGGGGCGGACGCAGGGUACCAGCCAGACGAGCACAGCGAGUCCUCGCCCUCGCAGCAUUCCUGCUGUCUGGUGGGGAACAAUGAAAACUGCCCAGCAGACAAUACUGCUGAAGAGGAGCUGGAGUGCAUGGACAUGGAGGGGCCUGUGGUCUGCUGGGAGACUCUCGGCCUGCCAGACUUGGACUGUGACGAAAAGCCUGGGUGGAUCUCUAGCAGCAGCCUGGCAGGAGAGCUGAUCCAGCCCGGCCCACAGGAGGUCUGAACGCGGCCCACACACUAGCACACUCUCCUGCAGCGCGGAGAGGAACCUGGCAGAGAGACAGUGGUGGAAAUAUCACAGAGGAAGAGGACCAGCCAUGGGAUAGUCAGAGACACUGCAUGUUACGGUGACAAAGACACAAAAACGUUGAAAGGACGAGCAAAGUGUGGAAAGAGAGCGCCUACAAGAGACUGAGACAAAGCCAGAUGGAAAGAGCAGAGGUUGCUCAAAGACUGAAACUAUCCCUCUGGAGGAAAGACUCAUAAAAAACUCUUCAGAUGACUUAUUUAUUUUUUGUAGUAGUGAAAUAUUAUUUCAUAUGAAUGUAUCUGUUUUAAAGAAAAAAGAAGUUUGUCUUUUAUAUUAUUUAUGCCUUUUUGGAUGAGAAAUACUUUUUAUUUUUUGUUGUUUUGUCCCUCUGUGUUCCACUCGAGCGUGGAGAUUAGCUAUUGUCUGUGUAAAGUUUUGUAAUAAUAUAAAGAGAAGAUAUGGAAGAGUCA